AUGGAUAGACCAGAGCCAGGCCUGAUCAAAUGGUCUCCUAACCCGGCCCGCGACACGUUUCUCCAUGUUAACUUGCAACAUCGAGUUGUGCAGCUAUAUGAACCUACAGGUCUUGCGCAGCCUGGGAGCUUUGACUUUGAAAAGUCAUCAAAGUAUGAUGAGAUCCCUCCGCUGACUACCUAUGAUUGGUCACCUGCUCAUCCUGGGCUCGUCGCCAUCGGAACUGCAAGUGGUACCGUGGAUAUCAUAAAUGUCUACGGUGAUGCUAGCUCUCAUAUAGAGCUCCCUAUAAGAAUCACUCGUACCUGUCAGGCAGUGGCUUUUAAUACAGGGUCCUUGCUUGCUGUUGGGUUAGAACGCGUUCGAAAUGACCAAUGCCUUAAGAUAUUCGACGUAAGUCGACUUACGACGCUGGAACCUAGCGCUACAUGGGCGUCACUCGAAGGUUCGAUGAACCCAGUGAUCGGGCUUGAAGCUAGUAUCUCUAUAUCAAGCACCAAAUUCUUCGAAGACAGCCCCCAGGUUCUCGUUGCCGGGAUUAAAAAUCAGGGUAUACGCAUUUACGAUCUCCGAGAUCCACAAGGCGCAGUGAUCAAUUAUCAGACAAAAUGCAAUAACAACUUAGCAAUCGAUUAUGCUGACCAGAAUUAUUUUGCUUCGUCUUCUCUAGAUAAACCAGGGCUGGUGAUUUGGGAUCGUCGGGCCACCUCAAGACCGUCUUCCUCGCGCUUUUACCUCGAUGCCGUUGAUACAGAUGAAUUGCCAUGGGGAGCGUCACUCAACAUCGAUAAGGCAAUUGAUGUCAAAGAGGCCAAUUUCCAAGAUAGAGGUUCAUUGAUUAGAUCGUUGCGUUUCUGUAGGGAUCGUUCCGGUCUGAUAGCAGUACUCUCUAGAACUGGUCAGCUCAAGGUCCUUGACACUAAGAAGGAAUUUAUUCCUUUCGAGAUGCAUCCUAAGGACAGCCCCGAGAUUCUAGAAGUCAGGAAAUCGUACGAUCUUGACAUGAGCUAUUCAAAGGAACGAAAAGAUGACAGGAUCGUAUCGUUUGACUGGGUGACGCUCGACUCUCCUGCUUUAACACCACGAGCAAUAGUUCUACGCGCCAACGGAACAUUUGAUAUCCUGGAAAAACCAUCAUAUUCAUCAGAACAUUUAUAUAAGAUGAUACCCUGGAAAUCACCUCACCGUGGGCUAGAAGGGAGCGGCAGCUAUCACUCUCUGAUGCAAUUUGAAGCAACACAGUAUCCCGAGAUGAUGGGACCACUCAAUAUAGACCAGGCUUUCAAGGAUCAACCUCUAUUUGGAAACCGUAAGGAAUCCACUAAUGUUAUAAUACAGAAAACAUUAUUAUCUCCUUCACCCAUGGCUGACCCCAUAUGUGACCUGGAGGCAAGUACUGAGCCACUACCAGAGCUAUUCACCAGUGCUUCGACAACAGCAGACAAGUUACGUGGUUUGAGGCAAUACUCUAGGGAAAUCCUCGAAACUGCAAAACAACUUAGUGAUAAGGAGCGACAGCAAUCAAUAACAAAAGAUUUGGACCAAUCUUUAUCGGAUUUAUCUUUACAGGGAAAUGUUUUGCCAUCAAAUAGACAGCUUCAUGAGAGGCUACUCGCAUCAACACUAGAUUCAAGGGGGUUCCCUAAAAAAGCACAACUCGUUCUCGACCACGUGAUGCUCCUUCGUUCCAAAGAAAAAUAUUUAUUUGACUAUGUCGCAAAUAGGGACAUAGCUGCCGAUGAUCCUUGGUUGAGGGAGCUAUGGGACUGGGUUGCCGGGGCCGACGAUGCUGCCUCUGAUAUGGGAAUGAUAUCGCAGGGCAUCGACCUGAGUUAUAUGGGUGCUGCUAACAUAUGGACGCGGGACUUAGGGUCUAAUUUUUCAGUCAGACUUCUAGACGGCACUAGGAUCCCAGAUGCAACAGCAUGGGAGCGUUGUCUACAAGAAAUAAAUAGAAAGUUAAAACAGCCACCAUACACUGGUGUUGAAUCAAAGAAGCCACUACGUCGCCAAGUUGCUACGUGGAUUUGUGGAUGGGGCAGGUCACCCGAUGCAUACUUUAGUGAUUAUGCGAAGAUGCUGCCCUCUGAGCGAAAUUCAUCGUGGUAUACGAUGGCAACUGCUCAUGCUCUCUUCGAAGGUGAUUACGACAAAGCGGUUGGGAUACUCAAGGGUGCUAGUACAGAGCACCCCGAGCUUUUGUUCGUCUCCUUAGCUCUACAACUCAAAAGUCAAGGUGAUAGAAACCCCGGCAAAGAACAGCUAGAUUUCGACGAUGCAGUUGCUUCUAAAACUGAUCCCUACCUUCGCGCAAUAUCAUCCCUUAUCGCAACAAAUAAUUGGGAGAUCAUCGCAAAUCAAGAAUCCUUGCCUCUCCGUGAGCGUACAUUCGUGGCGCUUCGGUAUUUCGAUGACGAAAAACUUACACAAUGGCUUGACAAGGAGCUUAAGAAGGCGAUCGAUACAGGUGACAUCGAAGGCAUUGUACUUACUGGAAUAACCGACAAGCUGGUCGAUAUAUUUGCAAAGUACAUUGAGAAAUUCAAUGACGUCCAGACUGCCACUCUGGUUUUGUCAAUCUGCUCACCGCGUUACAUCAACGAUUAUCGGUGUCGCGUAUGGCGAAAUGCAUACAGAGCCUAUCUUCAGCGACACAAAGCUUUUAUGCAGCGGACUAAGUUCGAGGUGGAAAGCACCAAGAAGAGCAAGCGAAGCGGCGUUCCUACUAUCAUGCCGCCCUCCCGACAGAUCGCGCUACGUUGUGUAUAUUGUGACGCUGAAUACGAACUUUCUAAGACGGGGGCAAAUACCCAGUCAAUAGUUGCUGGUAAGGGAUCAACAAAUCCGCUGACGGCGGCCAACAUCAACGCGGGAGUCAGUUGCCCAAACUGUGGACGCCAUCUCCCGCGCUGCGUCGUAUGCCUCGAGGUCGUGGGCGUCCCGCGUUCAGACAAGCCAGAGGCCUCGCCUGACCCCCAAGUCCGUGUCGCUGCCCGCUUCCCGACUUUCUGCCUCAAGUGCGAACAUGUCCUGCACCUCGACCACGCACGCCAAUGGUUUGCAAGACAUGUCGAGUGUCCGGUUCCGGAGUGUAGGUGCCGCUGCAACUUCAGGGCGAAUCCGGAGUUGAAUUAUCAUUGA